UCAAGUCAAUCCUACAUGCUCACUCUUAUCCCAGAUUCUUGUUUUCGACAUUUUUAUUUUCGAUAUUUUUCCCUUUCGACAUUUUUCCUUUCUGCCUUUUUCCAUCCAUUCUUUUUUUCGAUCAUAUGUUAUUAAUGUAAUAAAAAAUAGCUUUAAGUAGGAUAUUCUUUUCCAAGAAAAGAAAAAGAAGUGAAAAAACAACGGAGUCGAGUUUGAGGGGAACUCUCCUUAUUGGGAAUGAACUUAUUCAAUUAUUCUUUAGGUUUUAUUAUUUUGUUGGUAACACUGUUUCGAAGACGAUGAUCAACAAACGUGAGCAAUUUUCAAAGCAUGAUGCACAUUUUUAUUUAUUUGAAUAUCUUGAAACAGUUUUUACAAGCACUAAAGAAUAAAAUGAUACAUACCAGGCACGCACCCAGAAAUUUUCUGAAGGAAGAGCCCAAACUUAUGAGGGGGCCCCCAUGGAAAAAUUAAAAAAUUCACCAGGGAAAAAUGUCUACCUGUUCAUCCCUACAGGCGUUUUCAGUCCUGGGGAGGGACCCGAUUCGCAUGCUCCCCCUUCGGUGUGUGUCUGAUACAUACCGUAGUCGAGUCCAUCAGUGCAAGUCUGAUACAAGCUUUCCAGCCAAAUCUAUAUGCCCUAAUGAAUGAAAUUCAAGUAAAUAAGGGUAAAUCAAUAAGAGUUGUACGGAGAAUAUGCGGCUAUGCAUUCCACUAAUAAUGUAUUGAGAGGAUAUUCAAGACACUACCGAUAUCUUCAGAUUUUACAUUAAAAAUGACCCCAUGAACCCGUUCUACAGAGAAUCGAAUGUGUGGUUCAAUGAUAAUGAUAGGGGUGCGGGUGUGGGUAUAUAAGUGUGGAUCUGGGAUUUGGGAGUUCUUUUUGUACCCGACACAGUUUCACAAGAACCCACACCCACAUCCACACACCCACACCCACACCCACCCCUGUUUGUUCAACAAUUACCAAAUUGAAUAUUGAUGUCAAUGAUUUUGAUGAUUGUCUUUAUUUUCUUGAUGGACGUUUUGAUUCUUUAUCAACAUUGAUCAUUUAUAUUCAGACAAUUUCUUCUUCAUUAUCAAAUAUUGAUAACACAGUAAGAAUAUAUUUAAUAAUUGUAUAUACAUAAACAUUAUAUCAGAAAUAUAUCCUUUCUUCUUUUUUCUUUAUAGAGACAACUUACCAAACUAAAAUGUUUAUCUUUAAUAAAAAAUUGUCGAACACAAUUUUAUGAUAGUAGAGUUGUUCCAUUACUAUGUCGAAUGUCAAAUCUUGAAGAAUUAACAUUAUAUCUAUCGAUACAAAGAACUGAAUCGACUCAUAUUGAUGGAGAUCAUUUAUACAAUGAAAUUUUUAUUCAUAUGCCACAAUUAAAAAAAAUUAUUUUCAGUAUAAAUACUCUUGUUAUCAACAAGAAUAUUCGAAUUAAUCUUCCAUCAAACAAUGAUAUUCAACGUAGUUUUAUCGAAAGAGGAUAUCAACAAAUUGCUUCAUAUACUCACAAAGACUCAAUAGAAGAAAAAAGUACAUGCCAUAUCUAUUCACUUCCAUAUCAAUUUGAUAGGUUUUACAAUAUGAAUUGUCAUUUUCAAGGUGGAAUAUUUGAUAAAGUUCAAAUAGUGAUGAUGACUGAUAGAGACCAUCCUUUUGAACAAGAAUUUUUUCAACUCGUCUCGAAUUGUUUUCCUUUUCUUCGAAAACUAUCUAUAUCUAGUUAUCAACCACAAAAAAGAAAACAACAAUUAUGCCCAAUUAUCACAUUUCCUUAUCUUCAUUGUUUGAUUCUUCGAAGUGCAAAUGUUGAUUAUGCUGAUCAAUUUCUGAAUGAUACUAAAAUUCAUCUGCCUUGUUUGUUAGAACUUAGAAUAACAUAUGAAUCAUUAGUAAUGAUAACAUACAAUUUUACCAAUGAUACAACACGUCUUACUUGUGCUCGUUUGCGAACUCUUACUAUAUAUGGUUCAUAUGUUCGUCCAGAAAAUUUUCAUACAUAUUUUCCUUUAUGUAACAUGUAA